AGCCACCGUCAUCAUCAGUCAAACGGAAGGGUAAAGAAAAAGAAAACGCAGAUAAGAUCAUCACCGGCUUCCGCCUCCUUCAUCUGUCUCUCAGUCGCUUUUUCACAAACAGAAGGCGCACGAAAGAAGUAGUAGUAGUAGAAGAAGAAGAAGAAGAAGAAGCAAAUUCAAGAAAGAAAGUUAAAGAAAAUGUGCAGUGGAGACGGUGAUUGCAGGCCGUUGGGCUUUCUGUUGGGCCUUCCGUUUGCGUUUCUCUCCCUCCUUAUCUCCAUCGUCGGCAUCGUCGUCUGGAUCGUAGGGUUGUUACUGACCUGCAUAUGCCCAUGCUGUUUGUGCGUUACUGUGAUCGUGGAACUGGCGUUGGAGUUAGUCAAGGCCCCAUUUCAUGUCAUGGAGUGGUUUACUUCUAAGAUUCCUUGUUAGCUUUUUUAAUUUCUAGUGCUGCUGGUUUUCAUGAUAUUUAUUAGCGCUUAGUUAUGUUUGGACGCAAGAUGAUAGUGUGAUUUUAUGGCCUUUGAUUGUGGUUUUAUUUGAAAUCUUGACAUGUUGAUGCUUCA